AUGAUUAUUCAUCAAGAGAUAUCUGAACGCGUAACAACGCUUAAGUGGACACCGAGUCCCCAGAUAGAAGCUUGCUCGCCAGUCGCCCUGGCCCCGCAACAAGAUCUUACGAAGAGAAUAAGAUCUUACAAAGAGAACGUCAGCGAAAGACCCGAGAGUUCUGACACUCAGACGUAUGAGAAUACGAUUACACAUCCGACGAUCGAUACAACCAUGUCUAACGAUAAUAUGGAACCCUCGAACUCGAACAUGAGCAUAGACGCAGUGCCACAGUGGCUCCGAGCAAUGUUGGAACUACAACAACAACAAAUAGCUGAUAUGCAUGCAACUCAACAACACCAAUAUGAAGAGAUUCAAUGAUU